ACCAGCCAUUAUCGGAAGCACUGACAAAACAGCUGACAAAACUAAACGGAAAUUUUGAGAUAUUUUCCGGACUUGAUUUUCCGCCAUGCAGAAGAAGCCCAUCAACGCCAACUCGCUGCUGGACAAGCUGCACCGCGGCGCAGUGUACGCCUGCAUCGGCGUGACCCUCUACGGCACCUACAUCCUGGGGAUGCGCUACUACCACUACUACACGGUCAUCCGGCCGGAGAAGCAGCAGGCCGAGCUGAAGCUCCUGGACGAGGGGGCCCACGACAAGGCCAAGGAGCUGAAGUACUAGGACCCACCCGCCCAUUAAU